UACUACAAUAUUUUGGGUUAUUUGUCAUUUGGAUAUUUUCUUAAUAACUUAAGACAAAUAAUUGAUAUAUGAAUUAUUUAUAUUAAUAUGAAUUCAGGCUCUUGAAAUAGAGUUUAUUAACAUCAUUCCUCUAUUUGGCUGGCAUUUUGAGUAGAUUGUUCUGACUAAAUCUAGUUCCACCAUGCAAACUACAUGUUUUCCUCUGAAUUUAUAAUCAGUAUCUCUUCAAUUGUAAUUAUUCUACCUGCGUUUUAUGUUAUAAGAAAAACGAACAGUUAUCAUCAUUCGAUAGGACAAAGGCUUAACUAUGCUUCUUACCCAAACUACCAAACUAAGUAUUCAGAUGUGUGACCAUAUCCCUACAAACACGCUAAAACCAAGCAAUCCCAUUUCACUUACAUAUUGUUUGAAACACAUGCUAGUCAAUCGCAAAAUACUGAUUCGCAUUUUAGAUUCAAGGUAAGCAAUGCAUUAUAUACUUACAACAUAUUUAUCAUGUUCAAUUUAAGGAUCCGAAUACCAGAUCGACGAGGAGGACAAGAGUGACACAUCGUCGGAAUUUGCCACCAAUUACCAGAGUCCAGUCAAGCGCAAGAACAAAAUCUUGAGACAAAGGGAAGAAAAUGGAAAAAAGAAUAGAUUAGGAAGCGGUCCAGUUGCCUCAUCUACACCUAUGACAAGAGUUUACGACUUUUCAGAUGGAGAAGAUGACGGUCAGGACUUACUGAGAAGAGCCUCAAGCUGUAAGAAACAAGCUGCAAUUCAAGCUGAGACUCCUCGUAUGAGACAAGGAAAGUCAAUCCCCUAUGCGGAAUUUCUCCAACUCAUGAGGGUCAUGGAAGGACGACUUCACAGGGCCAUUACAGAUUUGAAGGGCGAAGUCGGCGACCUUAAAAAGGAAAUUGGAAACUUAAACAGCGAGGUUAGAGACCUCAAGAGCAAACUUACUGAAAAGAAUACACAGGUUACCGCCCUAACUGCAAAAGUUACACGUUUGGACAACAGGGUCCAGGAACCAACACAAACUUCGACCAAAUCCAGCAAAGUCAGUACAAACAUAAGGGCAGCAUUGAAGGCAGCGAUCGACCAUGCUGAAACUGAGAAAGGGUGGACUAUGGAGCCUAUGUUCACGUUGGAGUCCGCACAGAAUCGACAAGUUGUCAAAUACAUCUGGGACUUUUCUAAGGUGAUAGCUCCAAGCAUGACAAAACAGGAAUUUAAAGAUGGUAUGACCAGGAUCAUGUUAACGAAGAAAGAGAAGCUAUCCCGAACACGUAACGGAAAAGAGAAAGAACACACGGACGCGUCCAGAAAGAAUUCAAGGAAACUGACGAAAAGCAGAAACCGUGUAACUGGCAUUGAAAAAUCCGAACUACCUCAUCACACAAGGACCAAGUACAUUCGAGUAAUGAAAAAAACGCAGCUCAUGUCGUCAGAAGAGAGUUCGGUCGACGAGGAUGGCAACCGGGUCUUCAAUGUGAGAAGGAGGGACUGGGAGAGUCAUGAAAUGAGGGCCGCUAAAAAAGUGGCCGACGAGACAUUUAGUAAAACAACCAAGACAGCAGCGUCCAUCGUACCACGGACGAGACGAAUUACAGGCGUCUCGUCAUUUGCACCACCUCCUGCCUGGUUGCAGAAAGAAGACAGCUGGGUCAGCUCAGCACUGACAUACCAUGGAGUAGUUUAGAAUCAUCAUCAUUCAUAUCCUCAUCAGAACAUGCUUACUUACUUACUAAAAGGGGUGUUUUUUUAGGUUAGGAAUUUUAGGGUUUAUUGGCAGCUUGUUUUUUGUCCUUUUUUUUAAAUGCGGCCAAGUAGGCCUGGUUUGAUUAGAUAUAUGCUUAGUGCUUCAAAGGUUUAAAGUCAUGUAGGGGGUUCAGUACAGUCAUGUGAUUGUUGCAAUUUAGUGAGGAUUGGAGUGUUGUUUGGUCUGUGUUGCUGGUAAUGUGUUCCAUAAAGUAUUGAAUAGGGCGCUCUAAAUGUAAAUGUCACACGGGAAUAAUACGUGUUCGGGCGUUUCUUUUUAAGUUGCAGUGGGGGUAUUUACCGGUUUGGUGGUUUUUUUAAUUAGGUGUAGGUGAGAGCUUAACUUAGUGUGGCCUGUUUGUAGUUUGGUUAUUACUCUGUCAAUGUUUUUGGUUUUAUGAUGGAUAUGUUUUUUUGAGUGGCGUUUUAGUUUGCAAUCAUAUUUCUGAUUGUUAUUUUGCCGCUAUUUUCCUUUGAGAUACUUUUAAUUUCUUUUUUUUUAUUUUGGUAGGUUGAUGCUUGGGAUGCUUACUUCUUCUAAUUUUAGUGCUGAUUU